AUGACAACAAAUACAAACAUGCAUAACUUAACUACCCUGAUCAAGAGGCUUGAAGCCGCAACGUCGAGACUUGAAGAUAUGGCAACGUCUGUAGACUCGUCACAUCCGUCGACUGUGGCAGCCAUCUCAAGUUCUGCUGCUGCGCCCUCAGAUUCGUCCACGGCAGCCGGCCCUGCUCCCACACCCACGGCAGAGCCUCUCCCUCCCUCCAUCGAGGACUUUGACAUUUUAAUGGACCAGGAGGUGAAAGCCUUCGCUAAAGCGGUGGCUCAAGCUUUUGCUGCUGAACGGACCUACCUGUAUGUGACAACGAAGGCAAAAAAGCCGAGCCCACAGCCACCCGAACUCCUGACUGAGCUCCACACCUGUACGGGCACUGUGGAUGAGCUCCGAGAAACGAACAGGAUGUCACCUCUUUUUACGCAUCUCAGCGCAAUCUCGGAAGGUAUCGUAGCGCUGGGCUGGAUAGUAGAGACCAGGCCUGCGGAGUUUGUCAAGGACAUAUUGGGAGGUGCGCAAUAUUACGGAAACACUAUCCUGAAAAACUAUCGAGACAAGGACAAGUCGCAUGUUGAAUACAUCCAAGCAUACUAUCGUGUCUUCAACGCGCUUAUAGCUUAUAUCAAGAAGCAUUUUCCCGGUGGCCUGACGUGGAACAAUAAAGAUGGCAUAGAUGCUAUGGACGCCCUCAAGCAGAUACAGUCUGGUGUGGUAACACCACCUGGGAAUAGUGCCUCUGCGCAUCCUCCUCCUCCUCCCCCGCCUCCUCCGCUCCCCUCUUUCGACAAUGAGGGCGGUCCAUCAGCCCCACCUCCGCCGCCAUCGUCGAACGGCACUUCCAGAGGAGGCGACAUGACUGCUGUAUUUGAUCAGCUCAACCAGGGCUCCUCGGUGACAGCAGGGCUCCGCAAGGUUGAUAAAUCCGAAAUGACACAUAAGAACCCUGCCCUUCGCGCCGGCUCUGGGGUUCCAGAACGAAGCAAUUCCCAGACCUCGAUAAGCUCCUCCAACUCGCGAGGCAAGUCACCAGCACCAUCGAAAAAGCCGAAACCUGAGAACAUGCGAACGAAGAAACCACCACGGAAAGACCUAGAUGGCAACAAGUGGAUCAUUGAGAAUUUUGAUAACGCUGGAUCGGACGUAGUGGAGAUCCAGGCGCAGCUAUCACAGAGCAUAUUGAUUUCGAGGUGCACUAAAUGCAUCAUCAAGGUAACGGGAAAAGCGAACGCCAUUUCGAUCGACAAUUGCACGAGCCUGUCUAUACUGGUCGACUCGCUAGUCUCGAGUCUGGACGUCAUAAAAUCCCCGAAGUUUCAGGUGCAGGUUGAUGGAGUGGUGCCUACCGUUCUGCUAGACCAGGUGGAUGGCGCGACGGUUUACUUAGGCAAUAAGAGCCUAAACACGGAGGUCUUCACAAGUAAGUGCACGGGGGUGAACAUUGUCCUGCCACCGAGAGAGGGAACAGAGGAAGAUGAUAAAGAGUGUCCGCUUCCUGAACAGAUCCGGAGUGUGGUGAAGAACGGGGUCGUGGUCCAUGAAGUAGUCGAACAUGCAGGAUAG